AUGGAAGAAAAUCAGCUAGCUGCUACGGUGGUCUUUUGCAUUUCCUUUAUUGGUACCGUAGCGAAUACGAUAAUUGCGACAAAAUCACAAACACUUCCAACAAUGCGGAAUUCGUUCGGUCUGUUAAUGACGAGUCAAUCAAUUGGCGACGCAGUUUUUUGUGCAAUAUUUGCUUUUUUUUACUCACCUAUGGUAUUUUUCAACAAUGAUGUCCUUAAAGGGGUCUCAAAUCACUUUAGCAUGGUUCAAAUAAUGUGCUACGAUAACUGCUUAUAUUGUCAUUUGUUUGUCGCACUUAAUCGAAUGUGCGCCAUAUGUUUACCCUGGAAAUAUGAAAGGUAUUUUAGUCGUUCUAAUACCAAAUGGUUGAUUAUAUUUUCAUGGGUUAUAUCCAUAACACGAUGUCUCAUUUCAUAUGGCUACAGUAAGUUUUAUCCUCUCCAUUGCGAUUUACUCUACGAUGAGAGGAUCUGGGCUUAUUCCUUCACACUGACAGAGCUUCGCCAGGCAGGAGUGUUUUCCAUGGAUUCACGUCGCAAGAAAGAAAUUAACUUCCUUAGACAAGCUGUUCUUCAGGGGAUAAUACUUGCUAUGGAACUCUUUAGUUACUUCCACUUAGCAUCGCAUUUUGAAAAUCCAUGGGCUGUUUUUGCUUGCACUACAGUAGCGUGGAUUCUAGUGCAUUGCACGGAUGCGUGGGUCCAUACGAUAUGGUUUCAUCCGAAUUAA